AUGCGUAUUCAUACGGGUACAAAACCAUACGCUUGUGAUUUUCAAGGUUGUUCACAGCGUUUUAAUACAUCGGGCAAUUUAAGUCGCCAUAAACGCAUUCAUAGCGGUGAGCGGCCCUAUCCGUGCUGUUUUGAGACGUGUGGCAAGCGAUUUAAUACAAGUACGAAGCUCAAACGUCAUAUGCGGAUUCAUUUUCCAGAUGAACAGAAUCUCUUUCGAUGUACGGAACAAACGUGUUCAUGGGCGUGUGAUAAUUACAAGGAUUACGUGCAACAUCAGAAAUUGCAUGGUAGUGUGACAGAAGGGGGUUUACAUAAUGUGCUGGACGAGAAUAAUAAUAUGAGUGCGACUAAUAGCAACGUUACAAGUAGAAAGAGCUUGAAGAAUAUGAAGUUUCUAGCCACGAUGCAGUCUGACACAGAGCCACGACAUGUUGAGUUUCCACAGCAAGUAGUACAACAUUCAAUUAUGAAUGAAGCUUUUUAUCAAGAUGAUCGGACUCGAAUAUAUGGAAAUGACUCGAAUGCACUAAUGAUGAUGCAGAAGGAGAUUCCACAACAAAGGGAAGAAAGUGAUUAUCGUCAGUUGCCGGGAACCUCGGUAUUGACAGCUAAGACGUUUUUGGACGAUCGGACAUCGUCUCAAGCUGUGCCACGACUUCCAUUCCCAACACGCGCUUUUCCGUCGGAGACGAUGGGAAUGCCGAAUAGUGGUCUGCUAGGCUCAUCUUUUCACCCACUGACCCACUUGUCUUCACACCGUUAUUAUGACUCGGCAACGUCGGCUGGCUCGGAUGAGAUGGCUACGUCGAGCAGCCCUAUGUACGCUUCAGCAGGUUCAAGUGCAUCUGCCCAGGUCUCAUACUCGUCAUAUGUUCGUGGUGGUGAAAGCAACGUGCAUGUGACCUCGUACCAGCCUACGACGACGACGACGACAUUUUUGAGCAAGUCAGACGAGCUGUACACGCAGUCAAUGCGACAAGAAGACUUAGACCGUCACUACGAGAGCUCAUCGCCGCACGAUGUGCGGCGACAAGAGUCUCGUCCGCAGCAGACUCAGGCUCAGGCACAGCCAGGCUAUGGAGGCAAUCCUGUGGCACCUGAGUUUACUGGUGAAGAGCUGAGUGCUGUGCUGGAGCUGAUGAAAGACUCUUGA